AUGCCAGCUUCUCCGCCAUCACCCUCGAAUUCCACCUCCGCGUCGACCAGGUCCAAAGCACGCCCUUCGUCUCUCGCCUGCAUCGAGUGUCGCAAACACCACAUCAAGUGCGACGCUCGGCGUCCCACCUGCUCACGAUGCGCGGCGGCAGAGGUCCAUUGCGUCUUUCUCCCGUCACGACGAGGUGGCAGACGGAAAAUCGAGAAACCCUCUUCGCGGCUUCCGAUCGCCGAUACUCAGGCGAUCGCGCCGGGAUCCGCACCAGAAUCAGCGCCAUUUGGAUCGACCGAGCCGCGUCGCGCACGAUCAAGGGGUGUGAUUCGGUACGGUGAGCCCAGUGCCGAUGAACCAGAGCAGCUGGAAUUGCAAGGAAACUCGCCCGAGUUCAUUGUGCCGGAAGCGCGACUGGUGCGCCUCUACUAUGAGAACUUCCAUGCAGCACAUCCGAUCCUUGUGCCCGCGGCGCUGUUCAACAAGUGGCAGUAUCCUCACUACCUGCAACAAGUGGUCAAAUUCAUCGGCAGCCACUACUCUCUGGUGCUCGACAAUGACAUCUUGAGUGAGCCAACAUGGCUCAUGCUAAAUGGAACGGCGGAUCGAACACCACAGAUGGUACAGGCCCUGUUAUUGUAUUCGAUCAUGAUGCGCGCACGGAACGAAACGUCCCAGGCUGAGACCGCUCUGACACGAGCGAUCGAUAUGGCUCUGGAGUUGGGGAUGAACCGCGAGGAGUUUGUGAUCACCGCGGCGGGGGGCCGAGACCACGAGAUGGAGAGCUUGCGUCGCACAUGGUGGAAUCUGUUCAUCUGGGAGAUUUACAUGACCUCCCUGAACGAGACGAUGCAACUUCGCUGCAGUGAUAUCUUCUCCGAUGUGCACCUGCCCUGCGAAGAAUCGACCUACGCCUCGCUCGAGGCAAUUCCGCCACCCCAGUCACUGAGUGCGUUCCGGUCACGAAUCUUUACGGAAAAUGAAGACGCCCCUCAGUUCUCGUCCUUUGCCUAUUACAUCGAAUCAGCGCGUAUCCUGGCUCGGGUGAUCAUUCUGAAUGCCAUGCCCGACACGCAUCACGACCAUCUGCAAGCGGUGGCGAACACGCUCGUGAGCUGGAUCCACCACCUCCCACCUCAAAAGAUUGAAAUCGUGGAUAUGUACGGGACCAUCGAUGAGAUGACGUUUCAAGCCCACUGCACGAUCCAGUAUGCCGCCAUGCUUCUGCAUUUACCGCGUAGUAAUAUCCGGCCUCGAUUUCCGGACUCGAUGUUCUCCAUCUGUCCAAUCACUCCGUACCGAUUGUCACCGUCUCUCACGCGGCAAGUGCACGAUGUCAAGACGCUCGAGGCAUCCAAGAGCCUAUCCAAUCUCCUCUCUGUGCGCUCCGAUGUCCGGGGAUACAGUCCCGGCAUGGUGUUCGUUGCCAUUCUGUGCGGUCUGAUCCAGCUCGCUGCCACCGAAACGCACGGCGCGGAAUGUGCCGAUCAUCAUCACAAUCGAAUUGUGCUCAUCCUUGGCUGUCUGAAGCAGCUGCGAGGAAAGUGGCCUCUUGCCCAGACGGGCCAUGCUCACUUACGCCGGGUGGCCGCGCAGGUGAUGAAUCUCAGGCCUGACUACUCCCCCUUCGAGCGCAAACCCUCGCAGCCUGCGGAUGAUUCGCGGUCCCGGGAGAAUUUGGAUGGCACGGCCAUGGGCACGCUCAUGGACGAUGAGCUCAUGACGGAUCAGUUCUCGUCGCGGCUCCUUUCCGAGUUUAUUGAUCCGACCUGUGGUGUACCUUUCUUGUAA